UGACCGAAGGAUUCUACAAAAGAAUUAACCAAAUUCGCAGAGAAUUAUUAUCAAUUUUGAGAGAAGCACAAGUAGUCCUGAAUAAAAUGGGAAUAUACCUGAUAGCCGAAGGCAAGACGGUCAACCUGGCGGAACUCGCGAUCAGUACGAGAAUAAUGCGAGAGGACGAUUCCUUGCUGCCAUAUGUCAUGGAUGCCGUGACCGCUGCGGAGAAAGAAUAUGACCUAACAGAAGCCGUACCAGAGGUGGUAGUUGCAUCAAGUAGUUUAUGUGCCACCAAUUGGGCGAAAUAUAAG